UCUAAAAGAAGCUUUAGGACAUCAAGUAACAAGAAUAAAUUACAUUGGAGAUUGGGGCAUGCAGUUUGGUCUGCUGGGGACUGGUUUCCAGCUAUUUGGCUAUGAAGAAAAACUCCAAUCCAAUCCUUUACAGCAUCUCUUUGAUGUUUAUGUACAAGUUAAUAAAGAAGCUACAGAUGAUAAAAAUAUAGCAAAAUUGGCACACGAAUUCUUCCAUCGACUAGAACUGGGUGACAUGCAGGCACUUUCACUGUGGCAAAGAUUUCGGGACUUGAGCAUUGAAGAAUACGUUCAGAUUUACAAGCGCCUUGGAAUAUACUUCGAUGAAUAUUCAGGAGAAUCAUUUUAUCGUGAAAAAUCUCGAGGUGUCUUAAAGUUGCUGGACAGCAAAGGACUUCUACAGAAAACAAUAACAGGAAAUGUUGUGGUAGAUCUCUCUGGGACUGGUGACCUCUCUUCUGUCUGCACUGUGAUGCGAAGUGAUGGAACUUCUCUCUAUGCAACCAGGGAUCUUGCAGCUGCUAUAGAUCGCAUGGACAAGUAUAAUUUUGAUACAAUGAUUUAUGUGGCGGACAAAGGGCAAAAAAGGCAUUUUCAGCAAGUGUUCCAAAUACUGAAGAUCAUGGGAUAUGACUGGGCAGAAAGGUAGGCUCCAUGUUGCUCCUUGUUGCCUGAUCAUGGUCACUUCUUUCAGCUAAGCCUCAGAACAUAACUACAGUAAUUUAUGUUCAGUUCUCUUCUCAGGAUGUUGGUAUGAAAAGACAGGUUGAUUUUGUAUUAAUUUAUGUCCUAGGAAAUGUCUGCUAUCAGUGUUUUGGUUUUCAGUUAUUAAUAUCCAUUUCCUCUUCCUCAUAUAGACAACUAGUAAUUUAAUCACAAACUAGUGAUUAUGUCAGUAAAGUGAAAUUUAAGUUGACUGCAAAAAACCACAUCUUAUUUUUUUUUUUAUUCUCCAUAGUUUGGUUAUACAUAAUGAUACCUUAAUACAUGUAUAUGUUGAAUUCUUAUCAUAUUCACAUUGUUCCCCUCUUCUUCCACUCCCACUGACCCCCUUCCUGAUGAGUCCCCCUUUCUGUUUAUUUAUUUUUUGAUUGAUUGAUUUUUUUAAUUUAUGGGCCAGUGAUUUGUUAGAGUUGCUUAAAGAAUAUGGGUGAGGUGUUAUUGAUAGAAGCAUGGACGACUUUCUUGGGGCAGCAGUACAGACAAAAAAUGUCUCUCCCUUCACCAUCAACUAUUAACUUCCAGUAUGUCCUCAGGGAGGGGUAGGACCUCAUGAGCCCCUCCCCACCCCUCCCCACUCCUCCCCACUUCUCCCCACUCCAUUAGGGAAUGUUCUGUGGGGCUGGUCUUGGGCAGGUUCAUAGUUCAUUGAUGUAUU